AUGGAUCACUAUGGUCUCCAGGCGUUCAAGGAUGCCGUGGUUUCUUACUCUGAGACUGGUGGGCAGCUUAACGCACAGCUCUUGGAAAAGCUGCUCCUUUUCGUGUUUGCCACAGGGUUUGCCGCAGGGUGCGUCUUCCUCGGGGUUGGUCAGUACCUGCGCGCUCGCUAUCUGACUAAGUCAGAUGAUUGGCCAGAGAUUUUUCUUACCUCAAGAGGUGUUUGCUAUCACGUGAAACGUGACUGCGCAAGCAUCCGCCACACCACUCCGUCUGUACGCAGAAUCUGUAGUUUCUGCUCAAGGGAGCCGUCCAGACUUCAAGUUUCGACCAAGAAGGAUGGCUGA